AUGAGAGUUGAGAAUACCUCCAACAAAACCCGACAAGGGGAGAUGUUCCUUUUGACAGGAGCCUUGAAGGCGCUACUGCCAAGGACACAAGAGCUCAUAACGCUUCGGAUACUCUUAGAUACGGGGGCAGAUCGAAGUUUCAUUGAUGCUAAGCUUGCUAAGGAACUUGAAUUACCUAGCCAAGGCUCUGUUACUAUGAAACUACAAACCUUUGCAGCACAAACCACAAAGCAAAUCCAGUGCACCAAAACAUGUCUGAAUGUAUGGGACUCGGAAGGAAAGCAAUACAAACUUCGCGUAUACACUCACGACUACCUUACGAAAGGCUUCCCUCAAGGAAAGUUAGGGAAAGAAGACCUACAAUUCAUUCAUCAACAACAAAUAAAACUCAGCAGUCCAUGCGAGACAAACGCUAAACCUCCAGAAAUACUAAUUGGCUGCGAUCAACUCUGGAACUUUAUCAACUUUCAAGCAGCGCAUUUCACUCUGCCGUCCGGGCUCAUCUUCGUACCUACACGUCUAGGAUAUAUGAUUUCUGGACAACGUAUGAGUGAUAAAAUGCAGCAUGGAAAUAAACUUCACUCCACAGUACAUUACAUGGAAUCUCAGGACUGUGAAGAUCCAUGGGAGCGUCAGUGGAACAUUCAAUCUCAUGAUGUAGAAAAGGAGUUCUGCGGUCCCGAGAAGGAAGAAAAAGCUAACAUAAAUGCACAAGUGCUCGAAAACUUCAACAACACUAUAGCCAGGCGAAAUGCUUGUUAUGUUGUUCGAUUUCCUUUUGGGGAAGAUCAUGAAUAUCUUCCAGACAACAAAGUAUUAGCGCUCCACCGACUGCGAAGCGUGCUUCGCAAAUAUCAACAAGAGCCACAUAUUCUUCAGCAAUAUCACAGCAUCUUUCAAGAUCAAAUUGCUGAAAAGAUCCUCGAAGAAGUAGACGAGAACAAGGACACAGUUGGGAAGAUGAAGCACUAUCUUCCACAUCAACCCGUCUUCACCCCCCCCCCCCAAAAAGACACUACGAAAUUAAGAAUAGUGUUUGAUGCAUCCGCGCAUUAUAAAAACUGUCCUUCACUCAAUGAUAUUCUCCAUCAAGGACCCACGAUACUGCCUAAGCUGUACGGAAUUCUUCUACGCUUCCGCACUCCAAAAUACGUUCUUCUAUCAGACGUAGAAAAGGCAUUUCUUCAAGUACAUCUUCAUGAAAACGACAGAGAUUUUGCAAGAUGCUUAUGGAUCAGGGAUAUCACCAAACCAUUGACAGAUGAUAACCUGGUGGUAUGUAGAUUUACUAGAGUCACUUUUGGGAUCAAUGCCUCACCAUUUCUUCUCAGCGCAACAAUCCUCUUCCACUUAAGCAAUUAUGUCAAAAAUGACGGAUUAGCUCGAGAAAUUUCGUCUAAUCUGUACGUCGAUAAUUUAUUUGUCGGAGCAGAAACAAUUCUUGAAGGCGUACAAAAAUAUAAAGAACUAAAAUCAAUUUUUAACGACCUCAAGAUGAACCUAAGAGCAUUUAUCACGAACUACAUGGACAUCAUGGAUGCAAUAUCCACAAAGGAUCGCUCCUCCAAUCUGUGCCCUAAGAUAGCGUCCAUCUAUGACCCACUAGGAUGGUUCAUACCACUCUUUGUCAAAGCAAAACGUUUCCAACAAAUUUUUUGGAAGGAGCAGUAUGAUUGGGAUGAACCACUCAACGAAGAACACAGACGUCAGUGGAAGCUCAUUACAAUGAAAAUAUCCAACUUCCACAAAAAGGUGCCACGAAAGGUCACAGUCGACAACUCCGCACCUUAUACACUGGUAACCUAUUCCGACGCUAGUGGAAUUGCUAUGACAGCAUGUACCUAUCUCACUAGCCAAAGGGAAUCCAGCUUUCUUAUGGCUAAGUCUAAGGUUACGAACAGUAAUCGACCAACCACCGUACCGAAACUCGAAAUAAAUGCCAUAACCAUUGGAGCACGACUUACUCUCAAUACUUUCCUAAGCUUAAAAUCCUCAAUAAGCAUAAACAAGGUCAUUUUUCUAACCGACUCGGAAAUCGUCUUAAAUUGGCUGAAAGGUUCUCUUGAUCAUCCUAAAACAGGACCUUACGUCAAAAAUCGUAUACGCGAGAUACGCGACAUCGUACAGUCACUAGAGCGUAUGGAAAUUGGAGUGAAAUUUGGCUACAUCGACACGAAAUGGAAUCCUGCCGACAUUGGAACACGGGGAGCUUCCAAUCAUGAAUUCGUGUCUCAUGUGUGGUGGGAUGGUUAUUCUCUUGAGAAAAUUCUCAAUGACGAAUUUACAUCCACCCUCUUUUCCCUUGUUAAAGAUCCGGAAUUACAAAAUGACGAUUAUCUACUGAAUGCAGAAGCGAAUGUUAUAAAAACACAUGCAAAUACUGACAAAGUCGAAGAAAUUCUUGAUCUGACAAGAUACCUAGAAAUGGCCGAUCUUUCAUCAAGGAGAGUAACAAAAAGACGCCCGUUUGAAAAUAUAGGACUCGACUACUUCGGCCCUAUAACCGUCCAUGAUGAUCAUAAGGAACGUACAAACGUUUAUGGAUGCAUAUUCACAUGUUGUGUAACUCGCCUCAUCCAUCUUGGGAUCGUAUCUGACGGAACCACUGAGAAGUUCCUCAGUGCAUUUCGUCGAUUCGUAGCUCGUAGAGGAAAACCACACCUGGUUACCCGUGAUAAUGCACCAACCUUUAUAUUGGGAAGUCAAAUCUUGAACGAUUCUCUAACCGAGCCUUCAACCAAUGAAGACGUAGCUCGUAAUAUGAGCAAUCAAAUGAUCGAAUGGAAGCAUAAUACUCCUUAUUCACCUUGGAAAGGCGGCUUCUAUGAACGUCUUAUAAAAUCGGUCAAACAAGCCCUAUUCAAAACGAUAGGAAGACGCAUUUUAACAAUAGAGCAGCUGCAUACGUUCCUCGUAGAAAUCGAAGGAUGUCUUAACUGUAGGCCUCUCACCUACCAAGAAGACGACAUCAAUGAUGCUCUAUUACCCCUUCGUCCAAUAGAUUUCGUGCAACGCAAAAUGGAAGUGACUCUUCCGUUUAAUUUCUCAGAAGAAGAAAAGGCAGAUCCUAUCUAUCGACCUCCCUCGGAAGAAUUACAAUUCGAAACCAGGCUACAAACCGAAAAAGCAUUGCGAUCUUCGUACAAACUCACAGAACGUUUCUGGGAAAAGUGGAAAAAUUGCUACUUAACAGCUCUUUGA